AUGUCACUAUCGAGCACCUGGAAUGAAGUGUCGCUUCUGCUGAAGGACUGGAGGUGCCGCUCCCACCUCUUGCCCAGGACCUGGGACCUGAGGCAGCUGCAGGUGAGGGAGCGCCCUGUGGCUUUGGAGGCUGAGCUGGCCCUGACACUGAAGGUCCUGGAGGUCACCGCUGAUGCUGAUCCGGCCCUGGGGGAUGUCCUGGACCAGCCCCUUCACACCCUCCACAACAUCCUCUCCCAGCUCGGGGCCUGUGUGAGUCCUCGAGCCUCAGCAAGGCCCAGGCCCCGGGGCCGCCUCCACCACUGGCUGCACCAGCUCCAGGAGGCCCCGAGGAAGAUGAGAGACCCGGGUCCUUUGGGUCCUGGGGGAGGAUGGCAGGUAUGA